AUGACCUCCGUUGGGGAGGGCUGCCCGUCCUCGGGCAAUGACCCUGCUACUCUUGGCCAUCCUCUGCUGCCCCCCGACUGCCCACUGCUUGCCAUGCCUGAGGAGACCCAAGAAGACGCUGUGGCAGCAGAGCCAAGCCAGAGAAGCAGGGGGCCGCUGGCUCUCAACCACGUGCAAGAAGUGCGCCUGCACCAGGUGGAGUCCAUCAGUGACCUGCACGGUGGAGGUUCCCUGCACCCCUACCUGACUGACGAGGCCCAACCUUGGAACGAGUUGCUGGGCGUCCUGCCCCCAUCACUAUGUGCCCAGGCUGGCUGUGGCCCUGUGCACAGCCGUGGGGGCUUCCUGCUGCUGCUGGCAUUGCUGAUCCUCACCUGCCUGGCACUCGCCAUUGUGGCUGUCUACCUGAGCGUGCUACAGAGUGAAUCCCUGCGUGUCCUGGGACACACGCUGCGAACCCAGGAGGAGACGCUCCUGAGGCUCCGCCUGGCCAGCCUCAGCCAGCUGCGGAGGCUCAACUCCAGCGAGGCCAGAGCUCCCAGCUGAGCACGAUGGGACCUGCAUUCUAGGGGCGUGUGUCUGCGGGGAGGACCGAGGGACCACUGGCAGGCGUCUGCUGCCGUCAGCACUAACUGUUUGGCAUCCUCGGGGGAGUUUUGUACAGGAGCCUG